AACCCGGCCCGCCGCCCCGCCGGGAUGGCCGCGGCCGGAGCGCGCUGAGCCGGGCGCCCUCCCUGCCGCUGCUCGCCUCGCCCCCCGCCCGGCGGGCGCCCCCGCCUGCAGCUCCGCAGCCGGCGCCCCCGCCCGCGUCCCGCCUCCGCCCGCGCCGCGCCGCUCAGCUGCAGCCCCCGGACUGGGAGGAUUAUGAACGAGCCAUGAGGCGGCUGCGGCGCUGGGCGAUCGCAGCGCUGCUGCUGCUGCCGCUGCUCCCCCCGCCCGGUCUUGGGACCCCAGGUGCUGCUGGAGCUCUGCACUGGAGGGUAUCACCCCACUUGUGGGGCCCGGAAGCCCCUGAGGUCACAGAGCCCAGCCGCCUGGUGGGGGAGAGCUCCGGUGGAGAGGUUCGAAAGCAGCAGUUGGACACCAGGGUCCGUCAGGAGCCACCCGGUAGACCGCCUGUCCACCUGGCCCAGGUGAGUUUUGUCAUCCCAGCCUUCAACACCAACUUCACUCUCGACCUGGAGCUGAACCAUCACCUCCUGUCCUCACAAUACGUGGAACGCCAUUUCAGCCGGGAGGGGAGAACCCAGCACAGUACCGGUGCUGGAGACCACUGCUACUACCAGGGGAAACUCCGAGGAAACUCGCGCUCCUUUGCUGCCCUCUCCACCUGCCAGGGACUGCAUGGGGUCUUCUCUGACGGAACCUUCACCUACAUCGUGGAGCCCCGAGAGAUGACUGGGCCUCGGAAAGCCCCCCAGGGACCACUUCCCCACCUCAUUUAUCGGACACCUCUCCUCCCAGCCCCCUUCGGAUGCAGGGAACCAGGCUGCCUGUUCACUGCCCCUAUCCAUUCUGCUCCUCUGAACCGGCCGAGGCUGAGAAGGAAAAGGUCCGCCGGGGCUACCCUACAGUGCACAGUGAGACGAAGUACGUGGAGCUGAUCGUUAUCAAUGACCACCAGCUGUUUGAGCAGAUGCGACAGUCAGUGGUCCUCACCAGCAACUUUGCCAAGUCCGUGGUGAACCUGGCAGAUGUGAUGUACAAGGAGCAGCUCAAUACCCGAAUCGUGCUGGUUGCUAUGGAAACGUGGGCAGAUGGGGACAAGAUCAAGGUGCAGGAUGACCUCCUAGAGACCCUGGCCCGGCUCAUGGUCUACCGGCGGGAGGGCCUGCCUGAGCCCAGCGAUGCCACCCAUCUCUUCUCGGGCAGGACUUUCCAGAGCACCAGUAGCGGGGCUGCCUACGUGGGGGGCAUCUGCUCUCUGUCCAGGGGUGGGGGUGUGAAUGAGUACGACAACAUGGGGGCCAUGGCGGUGACCCUGGCCCAGACGCUGGGGCAGAACCUGGGCAUGAUGUGGAAUAAACACCGGAGCUCAGCAGGGGACUGCAAGUGUCCGGACAACUGGCUGGGCUGCAUCAUGGAGGAUACUGGGUUCUACCUGCCCCGCAAGUUCUCGCGCUGCAGCAUCGACGAGUACAACCAGUUUCUGCAGGAGGGCGGCGGGAGUUGCCUUUUCAACAAGCCCCUCAAGCUGCUGGACCCCCCUGAGUGCGGAAACGGCUUUGUGGAGGCAGGGGAGGAGUGCGACUGUGGCUCGGUUCAGGAGUGCAACCGCGCGGGCGGGAACUGUUGCAAGAAAUGCACCCUGACUCACGAUGCCAUGUGCAGCGACGGGCUCUGUUGUCGCCGCUGCAAGUAUGAACCGCGGGGUGUGUCCUGUCGCGAGGCCGUGAACGAGUGCGACAUCGCGGAGACCUGCACUGGGGACUCGAGCCAGUGUCCCCCUAACCUGCACAAGCUGGAUGGUUACUACUGCGAUCAUGAACAGGGCCGCUGCUAUGGAGGUCGCUGCAAAACCCGGGACCGGCAAUGCCAAGCCCUUUGGGGCCAUGUUGCUGCUGAUCGCUUCUGCUAUGAGAAGCUGAAUGUGGAGGGGACGGAGCGUGGGAACUGUGGGCGCAAGGGGUCAGGCUGGGUCCAGUGCAAUAAACAGGACGUGCUCUGUGGCUUCCUACUCUGCGUCAACAUCUCUGGAGCUCCUCGGCUGGGGGACCUAGGGGGAGACAUCAGCAGUGUCACCUUCUACCACCAGGGCAAGGAGCUGGACUGCAGGGGUGGCCACGUGCAGCUGGCUGAUGGCUCAGACCUGAGCUAUGUGGAGGACGGCACUGCCUGCGGGCCCAACAUGCUGUGCCUGGAUCAUCGCUGCCUGCCAGCCUCUGCCUUCAACUUCAGCACCUGCCCGGGCAGUGGGGAGCGCCGCGUCUGCUCCCACCAUGGGGUCUGUAGCAACGAAGGGAAGUGCAUCUGUCAGCCAGACUGGACAGGCAAAGACUGCAGUAUCCACAACCCCCUGCCCACAUCUCUGCCCACUGGGGAGACGGAGAAAUAUAAAGGUCCCAGCGGCACCAACAUCAUCAUUGGCUCCAUCGCCGGGGCUGUCCUGGUUGCGGCCAUCGUCCUGGGCGGCACAGGCUGGGGAUUUAAAAACAUCCGCCGAGGAAGGUCCGGAGGGGCCUAAGUGCCACCCCCCUCCCUCCGAGCCUGGCGCCCACAUCUCCACCCUGAACCACAAGGCUGCCCCUGCCGAGCCACGGAGGGAGGCACCAUGCAAUGUCUUCUGGCCUAAGCCUUUCGACUCUUGGCCCCACAGGGGUUUGGGUGAGAGGCUGUGGCCUUGCCCUUCACACCACCAGGGUGGACCAGGCCUGGGGCAUUUCUCUCAUGGUCCCCCACCCCACCUCAUGCGGCUUUGGCCUUGCACACCAACUCUCCCUGUGUGAAUGUAGCUUCCAUCAUCACAGACUGCCACAGCACAAGUGGUGGCGAGAGAGCUAGAGGCAUGCCCCAGUGGGCAUGGCCUGGGAUGGCCCCACCUCAAAACCAGGCAGCUGGGACCAGGGUUUUAGCUUUCUGGGACUUAGGGAGAGGGAGCUGACAUCUACAGCUUUUUUCUUUUUUGUUUUUUUGUUUUUUGUUUGUUUUGCUUAUUCUUAACUGAUGAAUGUAACUCUAGGGGUGCUGGGGCCAGGGCAGUUGUGGGGAUGUUUUGCCAUUUGCAGAAGGGACUGGAGGAACUGAGGCAUGACCAUCCCCGGGGCCCUCUCCUGGGAUGAACACACCUGGAAUCCUCCCACUGAAUGCAGAGACGUCCCCAAGCCAGGCAGGGGCCGGCAUCCUUGCUUGCUUCCUCCUCCCAAGCCCUGCUGAGCUGGGAGAGAAGUUUGAGUGCUGAUUCAAACCAAAGCUGCCUGUUCCGUGCCCAAGCCUAGGUUAUGGGUGCGGCGACCACACAUCCCAGGUUGUCUUCAGUUCUAAAAUGACCAUCCCGCUGUCCUUGCCAGGACGCAUGUAUUUGGGGGUCUAGAAAAUACCAUCCCUGAAAUAAAACGGCACAUUCCCCCUUUCAAGAAAGGUGAUUCUGGGGCUGACUCAGGGUUUAGGUGCCCCCUGGCAUGGCCUAGAGGUCCCAAUCUGGGAUAUCCUUCCCAGGGAGGACUCCAAAGUAGGGAAGGCCAGUGGCUGGAGGGUUAGGGGCUCUGCCUGUGAUGUGCAUGAGGAGGUAGGACAAGGCAGGUCUGUAUAAUUCUCAGCCUCUAGAAAAGUCCUCAAGGCCCUAUCUAAUCUUGCCCAUUACCCCUGUCCCAGGGCCAAAUUUAUGGUUGUUUUCCCCAUUAUGUCCUCUGAUCCCCACUGCAGCCGAGCCUGAGAAAUAGGUAAGGCUGUGCAGAAUUCCUCGGUCCUCCCACAAACAGUCCUGCCCAUGGCCUACCCUCACUUGGGGCAGAGGAGCUCUGCCUCCUUGACUGCUGAAGACCAGCUGGCAGGGGCAAGAUGGGAGGCAAGCUACCUACGGAUGAAAGCCAGAAAUGAAUGGAGCCCCUCUCCUGGACUCAGCAGGGGUUUCGGCACACCCCAGGGCCUUUGAGCCGCCUGUUUCAGUCCCUCUGCUUCUGGGGCAUCUAUGAGGAGGACUCAUGCAGGAGAUGGCUCCCUGUUUAUCUUCACUACCCCUCAGGGCAAACGGGACUGAAACCCAUUGACACCCUUUUGGAGGGCUGCAUGCGGCUACAGUGGGCCCCUCAAUGCUGAGCCCAGCUGGCACUGCCCAAGCGAGAGGGAUGGGUGGAGUAUCCCUCUGGCCAGUCCUGCUCCCCCAGCACCCCUAAGCUGGGGCCGGGGCAGGAGGACAGGGACGGGGUUUUGCGCUCUUGCUGCAAUACCUUACGGCGCCCUCUGGGGGUACACACGUACGCACAAGUGGCGAUGCAUCCGGCACAAGCAUUUGGAUCCACAUCUCCGCACGAAUGUGAAUACCUCUGCACGCAUGGACACGGCUGUGUGUGCGCACGUGGGGGUGGGGUUGUGGAGAACUUGAGAUUUCCUGUGACCAGGCUACUUGGCUCCCAGCUGUCUGCAUCCUCUUACCCUCACCCUGGCAGCACCCAGGGACGACUGGAGGCUGAACGGGCUCCACACAGCAUCCUGUAAAUAUGUCAUCUGGGGCUCAGGGUGGGGAGGUAGGGACAAGAACACCAAUUAAAGAUCAUGUC